AUGUCGUCCUCGUCUGCCAGCCCCGAAUCGUGGAUCACCUCGUUCUGCUCUCUCCUGGGCCACGAAUACUUCGCCGAAGUUUCGGAAGACUUUAUUGAAGAUGACUUCAAUCUUACGGGCCUACAGGGCCAGGUCCCAAUGUAUAAAGAGGCAUUAGAGAUGAUUCUAGAUGUUGAACCCGAAGACACCGAGGAGGAGGAGGAUGAUGAUGAUGAUGAGGACCCCGAUGAAUCCCUUGAAAGCGCAGCACGUCGGCUUUCAGAGCGCCGCCAGAACCGCAUGACGUCGGAUCUCUCAGUUAUCGAAUCCUCGGCCGAAUUGCUGUAUGGACUCAUCCACCAGCGCUAUAUAUGCUCUCGCGCUGGCAUCCAACAGAUGAGCGAGAAGUACGAGCUCUCUCACUUCGGAAACUGCCCGCGCACGAACUGCGACCAUGCCAGGACUCUACCAGUGGGCCUAUCUGAUGUGCCAGGAGACGACACGGUGAAGCUGUUUUGCCCAAGCUGUCUCGACGUUUACGUUCCACCGAACUCGCGGUUCCAGACCGUGGACGGCGCGUUCUUUGGCCGGACUUUCGGUUCUCUCUUCCUCAUGACCUUCCCAGACUACGACCUCUCCAAGAAGGCCACCGAGGUCCUCUCGCCAACUCGGGCUUCGGAUGGUGAAGAGAAACCAAUGGUAAAUGGUAUGCUGGCACACAACCUGGGCCCUGGUUUGGGCAAAGGCAAGGUGUACGAGCCACGAAUCUAUGGCUUCAGGGUCAGUGAGCGGGCACGCAGUGGGCCCAGGAUGCAAUGGCUCCGCAGUCGGCCAGACAACGUGCAGGUGCUUAAUACGGCGCGGAACCACAGUGAUGAAGAUAUGGAGGACGAUGAUGCCGCGAUGGCGAAUCCGCAGAAAGUGCGAAGGGCCGGCCAGUUAAAGGGCGCUGGGGCCAGGAGGAAGAAUGACGGGAGCCCCAUGAGUGUGGAUCAGACGGGACUAUGA